AUGAACCUCAUGAAGUCCAAAAAAGGGAAGUGCAGGGUCCUUUACCUGGGGAGGAAGAACCCCCUGCACCAGUACAGGCUGGGGCUGACCAGUAAAAAGAAGGACCUGGGGGUCCUGAUGGGCAACAAGCUGAGCAUGAGCCAGCCAUGUUUGCUUGCAGCUGAGAAGGCCAAGGGUGUCCUGGGCCGCACGAGGCAGAGCGUUGCCAGCAGCUCCAACGAUAAACCGAUUCACAAGACGGGCAUCAGAUAUAAGGAAUGGCUGGGGACUGCGGGGGACAGAUGCACCAGUAUGAGGGAGCGGAGGCUCUGUAUAUGGUGUCUCCGCCUUUCUCUGGAUCCCACAAGCUACCUAUGCUUGUGUGCAGAAGCUUACAAUCCGGAUGAAGAAGAGGAUGACACAGAAACCAGGAUUAUUCACCCUAAAACAGACGAUCAAAGAAACAGACUGCAGGAGGCUUGCAAGGACAUCCUCCUUUUUAAGAACCUCGAUCCGGAACAGAUGUCUCAGGUGUUGGACGCGAUGUUUGAAAAGCAGGUUGAAGGAGGAGAGCAUGUCAUUGAUCAAGGGGACGAUGGUGACAACUUCUACGUCAUUGAUAGAGGCACAUAUGAUAUUUAUGUAAAAUGUGAUGGUGUUGGGAGGUGUAUUGGAACCUAUGAUAACCGAGGCAGUUUUGGUGAGUUGGCCUUAAUGUACAACACGCCCAGAGCAGCUACAAUUAUAGCUACCUCUCCUGGUGCUAUCUGGGGAUUGGACAGAGUAACGUUCCGAAGAAUCAUUGUAAAAAACAAUGCCAAAAAGAGAAAAAUGUAUGAAAAAUUUAUUGGGUCAUUGCCAUUCCUUAAAUCUUUAGAAGUAUCUGAACGUUUGAAAGUUGUUGAUGUGAUUGGCACCAAAGUAUACAAAGAUGGGGAACAAAUCAUUGCUCAGGGUGAGAUGGCUGAUUCUUUCUUCAUUGUGGAAUCUGGAGAAGUAAGGAUAAUAAUGAAAAGAAAGGGUAAACAAGAUGUAGAAGAGAAUGGAGCAGUAGAAAUAGCUCGAUGCUCAAGAGGACAGUAUUUUGGAGAACUUGCCCUUGUAACCAACAAACCACGAGCUGCUUCCGCGUUUGCUCUGGGCACCGUCAAGUGUUUAGUUAUGGAUGUUCAGGCAUUUGAAAGGCUUUUGGGACCUUGUAUGGAAAUUAUGAAAAGAAACAUUGCAAACUACGAAGAGCAGCUAGUUGCGCUGUUUGGAACAAACAUGGACAUUGCUGAUCCCCGUGCGUGAACACAACCUUGGAGCCACGAGAUCUGUUACGAGAAAAUAGCACAGUAGUGGUUAGUCCACUGAGAAAUUGUCUCUCUUCCUAUAGAUGCCAAGCAUUUUCUGUGAUUUUGGGAGUGGGUUUUGGGGUAUUUUUUGGACUUACUACAAUGGAAAUACUAGUAAACAAAAUCGGAAUUUAAUAAAUUGUGGACUUGAUUGUUAAAAGUGCUCACCAUU